AUGCUGUGUGAACCCCUGAGCCGGUUUGGCCAGAGGCUGGUGCGCCGGCGGCCCCUGGAGCGCAGGGAGGAGGGGUCGGGCGGCCUGGCCCGGUGCCUGAGCACCCUGGACCUGGUGGCCCUCGGCGUGGGCAGCACCCUGGGGGCGGGCGUGUACAUCCUGGCCGGGGAGGUGGCCAAGGACAAGGCGGGGCCGGCCAUCGUCCUCUGCUUCUUCGUGGCGGCCGUGACGUCCGUGCUGUCGGGGCUGUGCUACGCGGAGUUCGGGGCGCGGGUGCCCUGCGCCGGGUCCGCCUACCUCUACAGCUACGUCACCGUGGGGCAGCUGUGCGCCUUCGUCACCGGCUGGAACCUCAUCCUCUCCUACGUCAUCGGGAGCGCCAGUGUGGCCAGGGCCUGGAGCGCCGCCAUCGACAGCCUGACCGGGUACCACAUGUCUCGGGCGCUGCAGGAGAGCGUGCCUCUGCGAGUGCCCUUCCUGGCCAGCUACCUGGACUUCUUGGCACUGGGCCUGGUGCUGCUGCUCACGGGGGUGCUGGUCCUGGGAGCCCGUCAGUCGGCCCUGGUGACCAAGGUAUUGACGGGCGUGAACCUCUUGGUUCUCGGCUUCAUCGUCCUCUCGGGCUUCGUCACGGGGCGUCUGCACCACUGGCAGCUCUCGGAGCAGGACUACGAGCUGGCCAAAUCGGAGUGCAACGGCACCUGCAGCCUGGGCCCUCUGGGCUCCGGGGGGUUUGUGCCUUUCGGCUUUGAGGGGGUUCUCCGAGGGGCAGCCACGUGCUUCUAUGCGUUCGUUGGUUUCGACUGCAUCGCCACCGCAGGGGAAGAGGCCCGCAACCCCCAGCGGGCCAUCCCCCUGGGCACCGUGGCCUCGCUCUCCAUCUGCUUCCUGGCGUACUUCGGGGUCUCGGCGGCGCUCACCCUCAUGGUGCCCUACUACCGGCUCAGCCCCGACAGCCCCCUGCCCGAGGCCUUCCUGCACGUGGGCUGGCCCUGGGCCAGAUACGUCGUGGCCGCGGGGACCCUCUGUGCCCUUUCGUCCAGCCUCCUGGGCGCCAUGUUCCCCACGCCGCGGGUGGUCUUGGCCAUGGCAGAGGACGGACUCCUGUUCAGGGCACUGGCCCGGAUCCACCCCCGAACACACACCCCCAUCAUGGCCACCGUCGUAUCUGGAACUCUUGCAGCGCUCAUGGCCUUCCUCUUCGAGCUCAGCAACCUGGUGGACCUCAUGUCGAUCGGGACCCUGCUGGCGUACUCCCUGGUGGCCUUUUCCGUGCUCGUUCUCAGGUACCAGCCAGACCAGCAGUUAAGCAGGAACGAGAAGCCGAGGGUGGAGAUGACGGAGGAACCGGACCCUGGAGCAGGGAUGGCGGGCGCCCUGAGCAGCCUGUGGAGCCCCGGGAGCGCCGUCCCCACCCCGCGAUCCGGCCACGUCGCCUACGAGUGUGCCUCGCUGCUGGCUCUCCUGCUGACCGUCCUGAGCCUGGUGCUGGCCCAGUGGCCCGGCCGCCUGGUGUCCGGGGACCCCCUGGCCACAGCGGUGACGGGGCUGCUGCUGCUGCUCAUUGUGGGGCUCACGGGCAUCCUCUGGAGACAGCCCCAGAGCCCGGCUCCUCUGCGCUUCAAGGUCCCCGCCCUGCCCGUCCUGCCCCUGGUCAGCAUCUUUGUGAACAUGUACCUGAUGAUGCAGAUGACAGCCAGCACCUGGGCCCAGUUUGGCAUCUGGAUGGCGAUGGGCUUUGCCAUCUACUUCGGCUACGGGAUCCGGCACAGCCCGGAGCCCGGGGCGCCGCCGCCCGCCGCCCCCCGCUUCCACACCCGGCUCUAGAGGGACUCGGGGACCCCGGGGACGGAGGCCGCGUCUUCUGGUUCCGGGGAGCCUCGGGAAGGCGGACACACGCGCACAAAGCGCACGCGGUGCAACGGAGCAGAGAUGCGCUCUCACAACGCACGUCGGACCGGGAGCCCCGGCCACCGGAAGCGGAAAGGAAAUGUCCCCCCACAGAGAGGACCCCUGGGCCCCUUCCAGAGAGAGCAGAUUGCCCCGUGGGAAGGAAAGGCCUGUUUCAACUCUAUGGUGUCAAUAGUGCA